AUGUGUCCCGCUCCAGGUCAAAGCGUGACGGAGGAAAUCGAGCUGCAAGUCCCGGAGGAUGUGGUGGAAGGGUCAGCACGGGCUUCCGUCACGGUGCUGGGUGACCUGAUGGGCAGCGCCAUGGACAACCUGGACGGUUUGCUGCGACUCCCCACGGGCUGCGGGGAGCAGAACAUGGUGAAGUUCACCCCCAACAUCGUGGUGCUGAGUUACCUGGAGAAAACCCACCAGCUCUCUCCCAAAAUCAGGUCCAAAGCUGUGGGCUUCCUGCAGACAGGUUACCAGCGACAACUCACCUACAAGCACCACGACGGCUCCUUCAGCGCCUUCGGAACCAGCGACCCCGAAGGCAACACCUGGCUGACAGCCUUCGUGCUGCGCUCCUUCCUCCACGCGCGGCCCUACAUCUUCAUUGACAAGGCGGUGCUGCGUGAGGCUGCCACCUUCCUCACCGCCAACCGCCUGCCCACUGGCUGCUUCGCCAGCAUAGGGCAGCUCUUCAACAGCGCCCUCAAGGGGGGAGUGGAUGACACCGUCUCCCUCUCUGCCUACGUGACCACUUCCUUACUGGAGCUGCAGCGACUGAGGCCCACGAUGGCCUCCCAGGUUUAUGAAGAGUCUCAGAACAGGCGUCGCCGCAGAGAUUUGAUCAGUGAUCUAGGUUGGUGCAGGCUCUAUGUCCUCUGACGGCCUAACUCAGGCCUAACCCAGGCCUACCCCAUUGCCCUGGAGCUUAUUCC